CAUUGCCUGUUGAAUCUCUCUUCUCCAACUUUUAAUAAUACAUAUCAGAUAUGUUGGCUGCUAUUAACUUUACAGUGGUGCCGUGGUUAUUAAAUGGAUCAAUUUGGUGGUACAGUAUCAUUAAAUGUGAAUCACAGCAUGAGAUGUCAGGACUGUGGGCAGCAGUUCACUCACUGGGAAACCUUCAGAAUUCAUCUUAGUGAACAUGUAAAACAAAAGAGACGAAACAAGAAAAGACAGGUGCAAUCUGUCUCUAAUGGAAAUGACAAUGGCCUGGGAUAUGUUACAAAAAAGAUAAAAGUAAAAGAAACAGACAAAGAUGAAUCCCUUGAUGGUUCUUGUCAGUUAAAACCAUCUGAGAUCUCCUGUUCUGACGUUGCUAUUGUGUCAGAGGAAGAAAAGCCUGUAUUUGCAAAGGCAAACAAGGUCUACGCCUGCGCUGUCUGCGGGAAGGUCUAUUCCUACCUUGAGUCUUUCAGAAAUCACCAGAAACUGCACAUAACUUCAAAAGACCAACAGCCUGAAAUCUGCUGUAAAACAUGUAAGAAAACAUUCAAACGUCCAUUCUCUCUCACACUUCAUCUAAAAUUAAGCAAGAAGUGUGUUCCUGAAGAGCCUUCCGUCCUUCACUGUGAACGGUGUGAUAAAUCUUUUGCCUCUGCUGUGGCUUUCAUGAACCAUCAGGAAAUGCACAAGCAGAGGCCCUUCUGGUGUGAUUCAUGUACUAAAGGUUUCAGAAGUUCAGAGGGAUUGAAAAGACACUUACGUGGCCAUGACAACAAAAAACACACAUGCAACAUCUGCCAGAAGUCCUUUCGGGUUCCAGCCGAACUUCGGUACCAUUACAACAUUCACACUGGUUCUAGGCCUUACACAUGUGAUCUUUGCCACAAGAGGUUCUCGCAAUUAGGAAAUCUAAUUACCCAUCGGAAGAAACACCUGGAGGUCUUUAAAGAAGGAGAAGAUGUUCCCCUCGGGAGGAAGGACACUGGUUUUAGAGGAAAGAAUAGAGUGUCAGUUAUGGAAAAAGUCAUUUUAGGAGAAAUGAAUGUCUUCAAUCGAGAGAAAAAGGAUCCAGUCGUAGAAGACAGUGAUGAGAAAAUCAGUGCCAACAAUGCUACUUUACCUGAGAGUGAUUCAUCUGACUUCUCAUCGGGUGAAAAGCAAAAACAUUUAAAUGAGGCACAGGAAGACGAUUUGCAAGUACAGGAAGUUGAGGGGGACUGGGAGUGUGUUGAAUGUGGUGCACAUUUCAUUGGGGAGUCUGAGCUUCACAUGCAUUAUAUGAAGCAUGCAAGUGGGGAAGUUUGAUACACAGUAUGCUUAUUAUAAAUGUCAUUUUGUGUGACUUGCUCUUUACUCAAUAACUUAAUGUUUCAGUGACCAAAGUCAAUCUUGAUGACACCCAAGUCUAUUAGAUGGCUUUAAAAUGCAAUAGUAUAAUCUUUGGGGGCUGGGUUGAUUUACUGAUUUGCCUUAUUUUCCUUUGGAGACCUUGUACUUUAUUGCUUAAUCUGAAAAUGGUGUAUUUUAGACACUGAUAUCUGCGAGUCCUUAAUUUAGUAAGAAAUUGAAUUUGACACUAACAUUUAUCACUGUUUUUGCAAUCUUGACAUGUUCAUGUCUUUUUCGCAGAGUGAAUUGAGAAUCUUGGUUUGUUGAAAGUGGUCUUUAUAUUUUGUAAAAAAAAAAAAAAAAAAAAGUUAUUUUAUUGCUGUUAACUUGUUAAGAAUUGUUACUUGUUACUGGUUUAGCUUUUUCAAGCUAUUCAUGUCAAUAGACCAUAUGCUAUUAUUCAUAGAAUUUCUCUUGUGUUGAAUAAACAGUUAAGUAAAUCAUAACUUGCAGUCUUAAGUUGUGCUUUACUGAAGAUGUAAAAGCAUUUUUGUUUUUAUUAAGCUUUGUACUUGUAUGUAUCUUGGUUUUAUCAUGCUCAUGGAAAACAGUUCGAUAAGAACUGUUAUAACUGUUGUCCCCGGUGCUUAUUUUCACUUAUGAAUCAUUUGCUCUGAUCUUAUUGGUUGUUCUGUAGAUAUCAGUGUUAAAUAAAUCCCUUAAAAUGAUUCUUGAAAGAUUGAGCCAUUCUUGAACAUUGCUGAAGUUUGCUCUCUAAAGUUGUGAUUUAUUCCUCUGCAAUGAAGUCUAUUGUGUUUGCUUUGCUGGCUGUGGCUGUGGCUUGCAGUGCAGAUGAUAAAAUCAUUGGAGGUUAUGAAUGUUCGCCCAACUCCCAGCCCUGGCAAGUCUACCUUACUUAUGGCAGUGAACGCUUGUGUGGAGCAUCUCUGAUUAAUGAAAGAUGGGUUGUUUCUGCUGCUCAUUGCUACGUUUCACCUUCUCGUCUUACUGUCCACCUGGGAGAGCACAAUGUGUACGUUGAAGAAGGCACAGAGCAGAGGAUUGGGGCAGAGAAAGUGAUUCUUCACCCGAAAUACAAUGAUUUUACAUAUAACAAUGAUUUCAUGCUGAUCAAGCUGAAGGAGCCUGCCAUCUUUAAUGAAUAUGUCAAGCCAAUCCCUCUGGCCACCAGUUGCUCUUCUGCAGGGGAGCAGUGCUUGGUUUCUGGAUGGGGCAAUCAGAUCACCACUGGAGUUGACUAUGCUGCUGUGCUGCAGUGUUUGAAUUUGCCUGUACUGUCAAGGUCACAGUGUGAGGGUGCAUAUGGAUGGCAAAUAACUGAAAACAUGUUCUGUGCUGGAUUCAUGGAGGGAGGCAAAGACUCAUGUCAGUUGAUUCUGGCGGCCCUGUGGUGUGCAAUGGGGAACUGCGAGGAGUUGUUUCCUGGGGUUAUGAAUGUGCUCAGCCUGGCUAUCCUGGGGUUUAUGCUGAGGUUUGCCGCUACACUGACUGGGUCGAGUCCACCAUAGCUAACAAUUAAUUGUUU